ACUGGGACUGCAGCCUUCUCCUCGACAGCAUGUCGGGCUGGACUUUACAGCAGAGGCUCGAGGGAGAAACGUCUAGUUCAAUUCUAGCAAGGUACGGUUGAAUGCAUCACAUUUAAAAAAUGGGUGACAGAAACGAUAGAGUCCCCAUGAUGACACGCAGAACAAGGAGAACCACCAUCUGCGCUACGCCGGCGUGUGCCAAUUUUAAACAAGCCAACGGCAGCGCAGGGGAAAAAACUUCAAGCCAACCGAGCCACAGCAGCCGGAAAGUGAAGGAGGAAAAACGGGUGCACGAGCCGGUCACUACACCACGCAAGGAGAGGAGCAAAACCAGCGAAAGAUUUAGCUGCCAUGUCCUCCAGGAGUCCCUGCUCAGCUCAGCUAGUGGUUACAGUAACUAUAGAGGCAUCCUCAACUGGUGUGUGGUCAUGCUGGUCUUGUGCAAUGCACGCCUUUUCCUGGAGAAUCUAAUAAAAUAUGGGAUACUGGUGGACCCCAUCCAAGUGGUUUCACUGUUCUUAAAAGACCCAUAUAGCUGGCCUGCAUCUUGCCUUAUCAUUGUUUCGAACGUGUUCAUAAUGGCAGCUUUGUACACGGAGCGGAGGCUAUCAGUGGGCACCAUCUCAGAGACUACCGGAACAUUCCUUUACUUGGUCAAUCUGACCACCCUCCUCUUUUUCCCAUCAGCCACUGUGCUCACGCUGACCUCCAUUACCCCAGUGGGUGGAGCCUUUGCCCUGUGUGUGUAUACCAUCCUCUUCAUGAAGUUGUACUCGUAUAAGGAUGUGAACAUGUGGUGCAGAGAGAUUAGGCAUACCAAAGCCCGCACCCUGACCCGCUCCCAUUCAUGUCCAUCAGUCGCCCAGUCAAAUGGGUCAGCUGUACACGCUCAUGUGUCCUACCCUGGGAAUCUCACACACAGAGAUAUAUAUUACUUUGUGUUUGCCCCAACUCUCUGCUAUGAGCUGAACUUCCCCCGGUCACCACGGAUACGCAAGAGCUUCCUGCUCAGGAGACUCUUUGAGAUGCUGUUCUUCAUACAGUUACUGAUUGGAUUGGUACAACAGUGGAUGGUGCCGACUAUUCAGAACUCCAUGAAACCAUUCCAGGAUAUGGACUUUUCCAGAAUGAUAGAGCGCAUGCUGAAACUGGCUGUUCCCAAUCAUUUAAUCUGGCUCAUCUUUUUCUAUUGGUUUUUCCACUCUUCCAUGAACUUCAUAGCUGAGCUGAUGCGGUUCGGCGACAGGGAGUUUUACCAGGACUGGUGGAACUCUGAGACGGUCACUUAUUUCUGGUCAAACUGGAACAUUCCUGUGCACAAGUGGUGCCUCCGCCACUUUUACAAGCCUCUCAUGAGGAGAGGUGUGAAUAAGUGGGUCGCUCAGACAGCCAUCUUCCUGGUCUCUGCCUUCUUUCACGAGUACUUGGUGAGCGUUCCUCUGAAAAUGUUCCGACUGUGGGCGUUCAUGGGCAUGAUGUCUCAGAUUCCACUCGCCUGGUUCGUCGGCCGCUUCCUGAGAGGUAACUAUGGCAAUGCGGCAGUCUGGAUCUCGCUCAUCAUUGGCCAGCCCAUCGCCGUACUGAUGUACGUCCACGACUUCUACGUAUUACAUUACGUGUCACAACCAUGAGCAGUUGGCCGCAAGCAGAGGAGCAAUAUAUUAUACUAAAUAAGGAAAAAUGUUUAUUUUGAAAGGGAAAUGUUUUAUAUGAAGCUCAACUGAUUAGUAAGAAUGUACUUCAAAAAGUUUUUGGCCUUCAGAUGCCAUUUCUCGAAUGCACUGAUAGGACGAGAGCCAAGUGUCUCUGUAGUGUGUCAUGUGCAAUUGUUGUGAAACACUACCCUGCCAAAGCUGGAGAACAUUUGUAUGCCUUUUCUGUUUCUUACUUUAAUAGUCUACAACUAUGAAGACCAAUGCAAAAAACUCUACAGUACCUGUCAAACGUUUGUACACACCUACUCAUUCAAGGGUUUUUCCUUUAUUUUUACUAUUUUCUACAUUGUAGAAUAUUAGUGAAGACAUCAAAACUAAUAACACAUGGAAUCA